GUUUAUAGUCAGGCCCUGCCAUCGUGUUCGUUUCCCUCUUCUCCUUCCACAAGUUCUUCUCCCUCCCAAAGUGAUAUAAAGAAAACAUGGCUGCUCAACAGUCGCUGCGGGGCAAAAAUGCCAUUGUAACCGGUGGAUCUCGCGGCAUUGGCAAAGGCAUCGCCUUUGAACUCGCCCGUCGAGGCGCCAAUAUUCUCCUGACUUACAACAGUUCCCAUCAACAGGCCGAAGAGGUCGCAUCGCAGAUACGGACUGUCGGAGUAGAUGCAAUCGCGGUCGAAGGCAAAGCCGAUGAUUUGUCGGCACCGAAAAACAUAGUCGAUGCAGCAGUUCAGCGAUGGGGCUGCAUUGACAUUGUGAUCAACAAUGCCGGUGCUCGAGAAGAUUACCCCGUGGAAGAAAUGACAUACGAGGCCUUUGAUCGCCAAAUAGCUGUGAACCUGCGCUUCCCGGUAUUUCUCGUUAAGGAGGCGACACGGCAUUUCGGACAGGCGCCGCGUAUUGUCAACCUUUCUAGUGUUUAUGCUCGGGAUGGGCAACCGGGAUGUCUGGCAUAUGUGGCCAGUAAAGGCGCAAUGGAGAGCUUGACGAGAUCCUUGGCCAAAGAGCUGGGACAUAAAUACAACGCAACCAUUAACUGCGUGAGUCCCGGUCCAGUGAAUACGGAGCUGUGGGCCUCUACUACCCAAGACCCCGAGGCGAAAGAGGAGUGGGAUCGGGUGAUUCAGAGCACUCCCGCUGCGCCGAGGGUGGCAGAGGUGGAUGAUAUUGCUCAGAUUGUCGCCUUUCUCUCCGAAGAAGGGAGUAGAUGGACCACGGGGAGCUUGAUCAAUGCUAAUGGAGGGCUCCUAUUUGUUUAAAGAUGGGCCUGACUGUGCCUAAACGUGGACAUGGCUGUUUCACCUGUGGAACUAGGCUGGGCCCGAGAGACGAGUGUCGACU